AUGAUUUAUUUUUUCAAGGGUUUUGGAGUAUUUGCCCGUCGUUUCAUUGCACGUCAUAGUUAUUUUGGUCCCUACGGUGGUAGUAAACACAACUCUCGUCUCAUUAAAGAAACAAGCGAUUAUAGUUGGGAAGUGCGAGAUAAGUCAGGUAAUAUAAUGUAUUACAUCGAUGGAAGUGAACUCAACAGGUCGAAUUGGCUUCGAUUUGUUAAUUGUCCAAAUACUGUGAGUCAAGAAAAUCUCAUAUCAUUCAUGUUUCAUGGUGAUAUUUUCUACUUGGCAAUUCGAAAUAUUACUGUUGGAGAAGAACUUAUGGUUUACUACGGACAUAAUUACGCUAAGAGGCUUGGUGUUGAUACGACGCUGUUCCGUUAA